GGUCAGCUGACUGAUGACGUUUCAAACGGGAGUACCUCACGAGGAGGAAGCACAUUUGUGAGUCGCUUUUGGCUGAGACAGCUGGAGGACAAAAGUUCAGGAAUUGAAAAAGAAAAGUUGGUUGAAUACAUAUCAAGAAAAGAGACACCAUGCCAGUUGACAUUAACAAAGGCAAGAAGGCAUUCGUCCAGAAGUGUGCCCAGUGCCAUACUGUGGAGCAGGGUGGAAAACAUAAGGUCGGGCCCAACUUGUGGGGUCUGUUUGGACGCAAAACAGGCCAGGCAGAGGGCUUCUCCUACACUGAUGCCAACAAAAGCAAAGGCAUCAUUUGGAAUGAAGACACACUGAUGGUUUAUUUGGAGAACCCCAAGAAAUACAUUCCGGGAACAAAGAUGAUCUUCGCUGGCAUCAAAAAGAAGAAUGAACGAGCUGACCUUAUAGCAUAUCUUAAGUCUGCAACUUCAUAAAGAAAAUCUUCAUUCAGCAUAUCUUCUUCCAAUUUUCAUGUCAAACAAGAGACCAGGACUUUCUUUCAAAAUAGUGCAGGAGGAGAAGCAAUCUGAGUGGUGUUAAAAUGUCACAGCUGUAAAUCUGUUUCUGAUAUGAUGCUCCUUUUGUGGUAGCAUAAGUGAUAUACCCUGGUUUUAACAGGUUACUUUUCUAAAAUAAAUUAUAAACCCCAUAUACUGUGUAUUUAGCAUGUCAGGACUGAAAGCUGUGAUUAUGUUGCCUUAGUAUCAUCCAGAUUUGUGUUUCUCCAAAGUGUCUUGGUUGUCUUAAUAAUUGUUCCAAGAAUGAAAAUGCCUUUUCUGCUUCCGAUUUGAUGAUACCUCGACAGUCUUUUAUUAUGUAAUUUUUUCAAACUGAAGUUAAAUAAAACUGACACUAAAUGUAA